GCAACAUUGUCCUGCUGAAUUCUCUUGCUGUAACCUUGUCCGGGGGAGCUGCCACUCUCAGCUCUUUGUCCAGACUACUUCUGCUGCUUCCCAUUCUGAGGAUUGUCAGUUUACCUCUCUGUCCAGAGAACGGAAGCAGCUGCACUGUUUUUGGUGGUUUCUACUUUUGAAAAAGAAGCAGGGAAAAAAGCUAUUGAAAAUGUCGCACAGAAAAGACCUAGAGAAAUACAGAGACCUUGAUGAAGAUGAAAUCUUAAAUAAAAUGACGGAAGAUGAACUGACUGCCUUGGAAGGGGAAUUGCUAGAAUUAGACCCAGACAAUCAGUUGUUGCCUGCGGGAUUAAGACAAAAGGACCAGACCAAAAAAUGUCCAACGGGACCUUUCCAACGAGAUGCGCUCCUAGGUCAUUUAGAGAAAGAAGCUAACGAAAUAAAAGACAGGGACGAUUUGGUACCUUACACCGGAGAAAAAAGAGGAAAGCCAUGGACCCCCAAGAAGAAGCCAGUUGAUCCCAUCCUAGAAAAUGUAACGCUAGAACCCGAGCUUGAAGAAGCUUUGGCAAAUGCUUCUGAUGCAGAACUAUGUGACAUUGCAGCUAUUCUUGGAAUGCACACGCUGAUGAGCAACCAGCAGUAUUAUGAAGCCCUUGCAACAAGUACUAUUGUCAACAAAGAAGGGCUAAACAGCGUCAUCAAACCAACACAAUAUAAACAAGUACCUGAUGAAGAGCCUAAUUCAACAGACGUGGAUGAGACCUUGGAACUUGUAAAGAGCAAUGACCCUGAUCUGGAAGAGGUUAACCUCAACAACAUUAGGAAUAUCCCUAUACCAACUUUAAAGGCCUAUGCUGAAGCUAUGAAAAAUAAUACUCAUGUGAAGAAGCUGAGCAUAGUGGGAACAAGAAGUAAUGAUCCAGUAGCUUUUGCUUUAGCUGAUAUGCUGAAGGUCAAUGGAACACUGAAGAGCUUAAAUGUAGAGUCCAAUUUCAUCAGUGGAACAGGCAUAUUGUCCCUUAUCGAAUCUCUCCAGCAAAAUACUUCCCUGAUAGAACUGAAGAUAGAUAAUCAGAGUCAGCCACUAGGUAAUAAAGUUGAAAUGGAAAUUGCAAGUAUGCUGGAAAAAAAUUCAUCACUUUUGAAAUUUGGCUACCAUUUUACACAGCAAGGACCGAGACUCCGUGCAUCUAAUUCUAUGAUGAAUAAUAAUGACCUUGUGAGGAAGAGAAGGGUGGCUGACUUGGAUGGACCAAUCUAUCCCAAAACCCGAAGUGGGGUGUUCUAGAGCCGAGGAGAAGACUGUACCAUAAAGAAGGACCCCUACCCCUGAUCGUUUAUGCCAGAGAGUGGAAUCUAAAGCAGAGUGAGAACAGAGUAACUGCAUUGUACCUCAGUCCUUUUACAUACAUAAUGCACCUCAAUCCAUGCUGACAGGCAGUUUUUGAGAAAUGUAUUUAAUAGAUCGGGAUCUUUGUUUUGUAGGUUGAAAUAUAUUUCUUUGUAUUCAUACAGAGGUUUUUCACAUAAAAGAAGCAAAAAAUCAUCAUGGAGGUAUCAUCAGAACAGAAUGCACAACUAGUAAACCUGAUCAGAAGGUUUUGCUAUAUUGUGAAUGACCAUUUGAGAUUCCUGGUGUAUUUUUUUGUGAUUAGUAUGCAUUUGCCAAGGUUUCAAUUAUUUUAUCAAUGAAACAAAAAGUCUAGCAAAAGCAUAUGUAGGUGCAGUAAACCUCCUGUGAAGAACACUUCUGUUGGUCUUGAAAAGUUACAAUAAGCCUACAAAACACUGUAUCAUCUAUGGCUCAGUUUUAUAUUAGCGUUUGAUAAAUCCGAUCUUAUCAACACCAUUAUUUUUUUGAUUGCUUUUUAAUCUAACCAAAUAUAAAUUAAAUGCUAAUCCCAUCAAAUGUAAAAAAGCAAAGUAUUGCAGAUUAAAUUGACAACAUUUGUAUAAAUAAUAUUUUAAGAGAUAGUAAACUUUUAUGAUUGAGAUAGAACAUGUAAUUUUAAACAACUUUUUACUUCUGUUAUCAAAUUUUCUUUGUUCUUUUUGUAUCCUUUGUUGAAGAAUACACCAAGGGACAGCAAUGAACUACUGGGUGGUAGUGGAACACUUUAGGUGAGCCAGUGACACGAGGCAUAUAUGUGCAACUAUAAAUCAUCAGCUAGCUCCCGAAAUGUCUUUGCAGCUCCAAAGCCUACCUAGGCAUGCUCUUCAACAAAGUAUACAAAGAGAUCAGCAACAAAUUUGAAAUUUUUUUUAAAUUUGCAUGUCCAAUCAGAACCAUGAAAGUUUAAUUUUGACUUUCCUGUCCCAUUAAGAAAGCAAAACAAAUGCUGAUGACUCAGAAUGUAUUUAGAGCUUGGGUUUCCCUAAAUACACAAAAUAUUUCCUUUAAAGUGAGUUAUAUGAGCAGCUAUAAAGUAUAAAUCAUUAUAGGACAAGUCCUUGCUUUCAAACAAACAGUUGUUAGAAAGGUAUAACAUAAGAUUUAUGACACUACAGAUUUAACAAACCAACAUAAAAGAAUAUGCGCCUUCUCUUGAGAACAAUAGUCCUAAAAUUUAAUAAGCUAUAUUAUGCUACAUUUAUGAAAGUAGACAAUUUGGUCCCAUUGCCGCCACAUUCAUAUUUGUCAGUGUUAUUUAGCAUUAGAACAAUUACAAAUGUACUGUACAUUGCUUCAAAGCCAUCCAGCCUUAUUAAAUUAUGUAUGAUGUGCUUGUGUGUUCCCUUUCAUAUGUUUGCAAUAAUAUUGAAAAUGUAGUUUAUUGCAAUAAAUAUAGAGAAAAAUAGAGAAUGUUAAUAGCAUUGUAUAUUAUAGAUGACAAUUGUCAAUGGGGUUAAUCUUUCAAAUAUCUGUAAAUCUACAAAUCAACCAAUAGUUUAAAUCAGGGUUCUUCAGUCUUUUUUCCCCCACGACCCAGUGCAAUGAUACCACAUUCCUUUGCUAAAAUGUGUGUGUACUUUAUUCCUAACUUUAGUCAGACUUUAACGUGUUGUAAAAGGUAAUAACACACACACUCUCAUACAAUACACUCACACAAUCUAAUAUAAAACACACAUAUACCACACAAUUUCAUACAACAUACACAUACCGCACACACUCUCAUACAACACAUAUACACACAACACACACUCUCAUACAACACACACAUUCUCAUAUAACACACAUAUACACCACACACUUUCAUACAACACACACAUACCACACACACUCUCAUACAAUACACACACACACUCUAAUAUAAAACACACACACACCACACAAUUUCAUACAACAUACACAUACCGCACACACUCUCAUACAACACAUAUACACACAACACACACUCUCAUGCAACAAUCACAUUCUCAUAUAACACACAUAUACACCACACACUUUCAUACAACACACACAUACCACACACACACUCUCAUACAACACAUACACAUACCACACACUCUCUCAUACAACACACACACACUCUCAUGCAACACACACUCUCAUAUAACACACAUACCACACACUUUUAUACCACACACUUUUAUACAACACACACAUACCGCACACACUCUCAUACAACACAUAAACACACCACUAACACUCUCGCACAACACACACACACUCUCAUGCAACACACACUCUCAUAUAACACACAUACCACACACUUUUAUACCACACACUUUUAUACAACACACACAUACCACACACACUCUCAUGCAACACAUAAACACACCACUAACACUCUCUCAUACAACACACACACACUCUCAUGCAACACACACUCUCAUAUAACACACAUACCACACACUUUUAUACCACACACUUUUAUACAACACACACAUACCACACACACUCUCAUACAACACAUAAACACACCACUAACACUCUCGCACAACACACACACACUCUCAUAAAACACACACACUUUCAUAUAACACACAUAUACACCACACACUUUCAUGCAACACACACACUCUCAUACAACACAUUCUGAUAUAACACACAUAUUAACCACACACACUCUCAUACAACACAUACACAAACUCUCAUAUAACACACAUAUACACCACACCCUUUCAUACGACACACACAUACUGCACAGACUCUCAUACAACACACACAUACACCACACACUUUCAAACAACACGCACACUCAUAUAACACACACAUGCCACACACUUUCAUACAACACACACACACAAGUCGCGACCCAGUAAACAUGGUGUUGCAACCCAGUAAUUAGGCAAACCGUGGUUUGAAGAACCCUGGUUUCAAUAUUACAAAAUGAUUAAGAAUUUUAGAUAACUGUUGUUUAGCUUUUGUUUUUGUGCUGUAUUUCAUUGCAUUAUCCUAUCUGUAUGAUGUAUGGGCAGGCACUUUUAUAAUAAUAAAAUAUUAUAAUCUG